UCCUCAUGUAAUCUCCCAUUUGUCAGAAAAUUGUCAAAAUCCCAUUUCCUUAAUAUAUCAUCAAACUCAUCUUAUCUUAGCUUAAACACAACAGAUUAUAAACCAAACCAUUGAAAUUAAACUUUCUAAGAUUAUUUGUAUUUGUUUGUUUGUUUGUAACAUCAAAUAACCAUGGACCUAAAACACCCCACCACCAAAAUCCCAAACCCUGAAAAUGAAACCCCACCUCAUCAUUCCAAAUCAUUAACCAAAAUAUCAUCAUUUUCAAACGGAAAUACCCACCACCAACAUCCUCCGCCGCACACGGCGGCGAUAUAUAAAGAAUGCCUUAAAAACCAUGCCGCCGGUAUAGGCGGCCACGCUUUAGACGGCUGCGGUGAGUUCAUGCCUUCCACAUCAUCACUCACAUGUGCUGCAUGUGGGUGUCACCGGAACUUCCACCGCCGUGAACCCACCACCAUCGCCACCAUUAGAACAACCCACUUGAUAGAUUUCCACCGGCCCUCCCCAUCUCCGCCGUCACCAUCGCCACCACCACCAACAAACCUUCUUCUGUCACUAACCACGGCAGCAGAGCAUCCAAACCAUGCGGUGGCGACGCCGGGGACUCCAGUGGCGAUCAAGAUUAGUGGCAGCAGGAAUAAGAGGUUUAGGACAAAAUUUAGUCAAGAACAAAAAGAAAAAAUGAUGGGUUUUGCUGAAAAAAUAGGAUGGAAAAUGCAAAGAAAUGAUGAUAAAAUGGUUUUGGAUUUUUGUAAUAGUAUUGGAAUAAGAAGGGGUAUUUUUAAAGUAUGGAUGCAUAAUAAUAAAAACACUUUUGGUACUAAAAAAGAUACCACAACUACCACCACCAACGCCGCCACAACCACCGUCACUGCCGCCGUUGCCGCAGAUUUAGGACGUAGUAAUGAUAGUAGUCAUGAUCAAGAAACUGCAAGUGGUGCUACUGCUAACGGGUCGUCAUCUUCAUCUUGAGAUGGAUAUAUCUUCUUUUAACUUUUUUAUUUUGUUUUAUUUGUUGUUGUUAUGAUACUAAUUAACCCAGUUUAGGGUGAAUGGAAUAAAACCCACUAUUGAAGAUUU